AUGUCUUCAAUAAGUUUCAAAUCAGACUACCGUCGUCAAAAAGAUUUAGAAGCUGCAAGAAAAGCUGGUACAGCUCCAGCCGAACAAGAUGAGGAAGGAAAAGAUAUCAAUCCUCAUAUUCCACAAUACAUUGCAAAAGCACCUUGGUAUUUGGAUACUGGUGGACCUAGUUUAAAGCAUCAAAGAAUUAUUCAAAAUAACGAUGAAUCUGAAAUGGUUAAUGAUAGAUGGUAUGCAAGAGGUGUUAGAGCUGGUCCUGCAGCAAAAAAAUAUAGAAAAGGUGCUUGUGAAAAUUGUGGUGCAAUGACUCAUAAAUCUAGAGAUUGUAUGGAUCGUCCAAGAAAAACAGGUGCAAAAUGGUCUGGUACAGAUAUUAAGGCUGAUGAAAUAAUUCAAGAUAUCGAAUUAGAUUAUGAUGCAAAGAGAGAUAGAUGGAAUGGUUACGAUCCUUCCGAACAUGUAAAAAUUUAUGAAGAAUAUGAAAAGAUUGAAGACGAACGUCGUAAAAUCAAAGCAAAUGAACUUGAUAAACAAAGUACUACUGAAUUGGUUAAAAAAACUGGUAAACGUACUGCCGGUGAAUUUUCUAGCGAUGAGGACGAUGAAGAUGAUGAUAAAUAUGCCGAAAGGUCUGAUAUGCCUGGUCAAAAGGUUAAUACAAAAACUAGAACCACUAUAAGAAAUUUAAGAAUUCGUGAAGAUCCUGCUAAAUAUUUGAGAAAUUUAGAUAUAAAUUCUGCUCAUUAUGAUCCAAAAACACGUUCUAUGCGGGACAAUCCCAAUAAAGAAAUAGAACCUGAUGAUGCAACUUAUGAAAAGGGUACUGAUGUUCAUUUACAGGCAAAUCCAACUCAAGGUGAACUACUUUAUCACGAAUUUCUUCAGAAAAAAGAAAAAUUAAAAGAUUCCAGUAAGGAAUCAAUUUUGGCAAAAUAUGGUGGCGAGGAACAUUUGGACACCCCACCUAAAGAAUUACUUUUAGCUCAAUCUGAAACUUAUGUUGAGUACUCAAGAACUGGUAGGAUAAUAAAAGGUCAAGAAAGAGCCAAAGCUAAAUCUAGAUACGAGGAAGAUGUGUUUAUUAAUAACCAUAAUUCAGUUUGGGGAUCAUAUUGGAAUGGUGGCAAUUGGGGUUACAAGUGUUGUCAUUCCUUUAUAAAAAAUUCUUAUUGCACUGGCGCUGUAGGAAUACAAACUGCAAAAGCUGCUGAAAAUAAUAUUUAUGAUUAA